AUGGAGGGACGUGUAUUUGCUUCUAGAAUAUUAGAGAAAUUUGAUGGUGAUGACUAUUUGAUGAUUGAAAAGUUAUUAGCUUUACGAUCUGAGUCUUUGGCGAAUCAAUUCAAAAGUGACGCUUCUGCUGUUCUUCAUUCAAACAAUCGACAUUAUGCUACUGUUUCAGAGACAAUAACAACCAAUAGUCAAGAGGUUGAUGCUGGUACAAGUGUAAAAAUUGAUGCUGAUGUUUCAGAGACAAUAACAACCAAUGGUCAAGAGGUUGAUGCUGGUACAAGUGUAAAAAUUGAUGCUGAUGUUCUUCAUUCAAAGAAUCGACAAUAUGUUGCUGCUUCGGAGACAAUAACAGCCAAUAAUCAUGAGAUUGUGGCUGAUACAAGUAGUCGUAAAAUAACUAUUAAAAUAAAACUAAGUGAUCGAUCUCUAAGAGUUGUUUAUGGAAAUUCUAACGAGACAGUUACCGAGGAAUUCAACAAUCCUGAUAUAAAGAAUAACGAGACAGCUACCGAGGAAUUCAACAAUCCUGAUGUAAAGAAUAAUGAGACAAGUACUGAGGAAUUUGAGAAUCCUGAUGUAAAGAAUAACAAGACAACUGUCGAGGAACUCAACAAUCCUAAUACAAAGAAAAAUAAUGAGAUGGUUGACGAGGAAUCUUCGUUUGCCGAGAGUUACAAGACGAAUAUCAAGAAAAUAAAGGCAAAUAAGAAAAGAUCAAACAAGCCUUCAAAUAAAGGAAAGAAGAAAACCAAUAACAAUGGUAACAUUAGUCCCCAGCCGGAAAUAGAAGAACCCGGACUUCCUUUCGAAUUCAAAGAAAAGAUUGAACAAAUGGGAGGCAUUGAGGUGAAGUUUGUGAUCCAGAAGGAACUAACAAAUAGUGAUGUGACGCAAAACAGUGGUCGUCUCUCCAUCCCAAAAGGAAGCGUUAAAGAGAGUUUUUUGACACCAGAUGAGGAAUCAUACUUGGAUUAUGAGCGUAAUAAAAAAGAGAAGAUUACUGGUAUGUGUGUAUCGAUGCUGGAUCACAAUCUUAACCUUUGGGAUGAAAUGUGCUUGAAGAAGUGGAAAAUGGAAACUUCUGAAGUCUACAACAUCACAGAAGGAUGGAACGUACUUGUAGCAGAAAACGAUUGGAAAAAAGACGAGAAGGUGUUGGUGCAACUUUGGUCUUUCAGACGCAACCACAAGCUCUAUUUUGCACUCGUCAAGCUUUAG